AUGGCUCUAAAGAACAAUCACAUCCGCUGCCAUGUUGUCACGUGAUCUUGUGUCCUUGGUUUGCUAACUUGACAUGUGAGCAGCAGAAACAUGUCUUUCCCUAAAAUACCCGGCGGUAAAGCACUAGACGUUUUGCAAAAUCUACCGAGAAUAACUUUAGCAAAUUUACGUCCUGAACCAGGAGCAAGGAAGAAUGAAAAGCGGCGGGGCAGAGGACAGCACGGAGGUAACAGGAGCGGGAGAGGCCACAAAGGAGAGCGGCAGAGAGGGACCAGACCUCGGUUGGGGUUCGAAGGGGGACAGACCCCCUUCUACUUGAGAAUUCCUAAAUAUGGCUUCAAUGAAGGCCACAGUCGCCGUCCACAAUACCAGCCUUUAACGUUGAAAAGACUGCAGUACUUGAUUGAUUUGGGUCGAUUCAUUGUCAAUGUACUGCAGCUGGAGGUUUUCUAGAAAGUAUUGACUCAGAGAAGAUUACAAUUAUUGAUGUUGUCUUUCCAGUUCAUAUCUAUUUAACGUUUCUUUCAGGGUUCUGACAUUUUUGCUGCAAAAAUCAACAUUGAGGUUCAGAGAGCAACUGAAGGAGCCAUAGCUGCUAUCGAACGGAACGGCGGCAUCAUCACCAACAGCUUCUACGAUCCCAUAAGUCUCGGAAUCCUUAUCAAGCCCGUCCCGUUCUUCAUGAGGGGGCAGCCGAUCCCGAAGCGGAUGCUGCCAGGAGAGGACAUGGUCCCGUAUUACAUGAGUGCUGAAAACCGGGGUUACUUAGCAGAUCCGGAAGAAAUCCAGCGAUAUUUCCAUGCUGGCCAUGAGGAAGGAUGUUGA